AUGAGUGAUGAGGAAAUCAACAAAACAAUGAGUUUCUUUGUAGCUGAAGUGAGGAAUAAAUCUGGAGAGGAUUACAGACCCAAUAGCUUGUAUGAAAUUGUGUGUGCAAUUCAACACAAAUUACGACAUGAAGGUAGAUUCAUAAACUUUUUGGAUGAUGAUAAAUUUCACGAUAUGCGCAGUAUUCUUGAUUCAAAGAUGAAAGAACUCUCUGGGCGAGGCAUGGGGAUAGAGCGGAAACGGGCAGAGAUCAUAACUGAGGCUCAAGAAGAUGAAAUGUGGUCCAAGGGAGUUUUAGGAAGAGAUACACCUCAAAAACUCUUCGAUACUCUACUGUUUCAACUAGGACUACAUUUUGCACUACGAGCAGGACAGGAACACAGAAACUUGAGGGUUGGGACAAACAGUCAGAUUUCUCUUUCCAUGGAUGCAUCUGGACUGCGAUAUCUCGAAUAUAGAGAGGAUGUCUCCAAAACAAAUCGCGGUGGGCUCCAGCACAAAAAUCUGCAACCUAAAGUUACCAGAGCAUACCAGAACAAGAAUGUUCCCGAGAGAUGUCCUGUGCUCACGUAUGAAAAAUAUCUGCAUUUAAGGCCUGAAGCUGGUAAAACCAAUGCUCUCUAUUUGCGACCUCUGCGGUACCCCACAGAUUCCACUUGGUACGCCGACUCCCCUGUUGGAGUACACACUCUUCAACAGACCGUCGCAAAACUGUGUAAAAUAGCAGGAUUUACUGGCCACUACACAAACCAUAGCCUCAGAGCAACCGCCGCAACACGCCUUUACGAUGCUGGCAUUGAUGAGCAGCUAAUAACCGAGAAAACUGGACACCGCUCGACAUCUGUUAGAUCGUAUAAAAGAACAAAUGAAGAACAACAGCAAAGAGUGAGCAAAAUCAUUCACGGUGAAAAUCAGUGUGAUGUAGCUAUCAAGAAAGCCAAAACCGCAGCCAAAAGUGAUUCUAAUGUGUGUGCACCAGCUGGUGCUAGUGAAAUUGAAAUUUCGUCUGGAAGUGUAUUUUUCAAAUUUAAAUUCUAA